AAAAAAAAAGAAUCAGAAGCAUUCCUGCAGAAGUACGGAUACCUCAAUGAACAGGUCUCCAGUGCGCCCACGGCCGCUCGAUUCAGCAAUGCCAUCAGAGAGUUUCAGUGGGUGUCCCAGCUACCCAUCAGCGGUGUGCUGGACCGCGCCACCCUGCACCAGAUGACUCGUCCCCGCUGCGGGGUUGCAGAUACUGACAGUCAUGUGACCUGGACUGAGAGGAUGAGUGCAUUGUUUGCUGGACGUCGGGCCAAAAUGAGGCGUAAGAAACGCUUUGCAAAGCAAGGCAACAAGUGGUACAAGCAGCAUCUCUCCUACCGCCUGGUGAACUGGCCCGAGCGCCUGCCUGAGCCAGCAGUUCGGGGGGCCGUGCGUGCCGCCUUCCAGCUAUGGAGCAACGUCUCGGCGCUGGAGUUCUGGGAGGCUCCGGCCACAGGCCCUGCUGAUAUCCGCCUCACCUUCUUCCAAGGGGAUCACAACGAUGGGCUGGGCAACGCCUUCGAUGGCCCAGGGGGCGCCCUGGCGCACGCCUUCCUGCCCCGCCGCGGGGAAGCGCACUUCGACCGCGACGAGCGCUGGUCCCUGAGCCGCCGCCGGGGGCGCAACCUGUUCGUGGUGCUGGCGCACGAGAUCGGCCACACGCUGGGCCUUCCGCACUCCCCCGCGCCGCGCGCUCUUAUGGCGCCUUACUACAAGAGGCUGGGCCGGGACGCGCUGCUCAGCUGGGACGACGUGCUGGCGGUGCAGAGCCUGUAUGGGAAGCCCCAAGGGGGCUCAGCCGCCACCCAGCUCCCGGGAAAGCUGUUCACUGACUUUGAGGCCUGGGACCCACAUGGCCCCCAGGGCAGGCGCCCUGUAGCCUGGGGGCCUAAAUACUGCCACUCUUCCUUCGAUGCCAUCACUGUAGACAGGCAACAGCGACUGUACAUUUUUAAAGGAAGCCACUUCUGGGAGGUGGCAGCUGAUGGCAAUGUCUCAGAGCCCCACCCACUCCAGGAAAGGUGGGCCAAGCUGCCCCCCAACAUUGAGGCUGCUGCUGUGUCAUGGGAGGAUGGAGAUUUCUACUUCUUCAAAGGGAGCCGAUGCUGGAGGUUCCGAGGCCCCAAGCCUGUGUGGGGUCUCCCACAGCUGUGCCGGGCAGGGGGGCUGCCCCGCAGUCCAGAUGCGGCCCUCUUCUUCCCUCCUCUGCGCCGCCUCAUCCUCUUCAAGGGCACCCGCUACUAUGUGCUGGCCCAAGGGGGACUGCAAGUGGAGCCCUACUACCCCCGCAGUCUGCAGGACUGGGGAGAUGUCCCUGAGGAGGUCAGUGGCGCCCUGCCAAGGCCUGAUGGCUCCAUCAUCUUCUUCAGAGACGACAGCUACUGGCGCCUUGACCAGACCAAACUGCGGGUGACUACCUCGGGCCGCUGGGCCACUGAGCUGCCCUGGAUGGGCUGCUGGCAUGCCAACUCAGGGGGCUCCCUGUUCUGAAGGGACCUCUCCACCCCUGCAGGUGAACUGUUGGUGCCUGCAGAACCAACUCGUUUUCCCUGCCCGAGGGGCAGAAUUUGUCUUGGAAGCCUCUGCGCCUCCCUGCAGAAGACUGGACAACAAAGCCAACACCAGGAAGUUCCCUUUGUUCCCUGAA